AUGCGUAAAGCGUGCAGUGUAAAAGGAGUGCUAAAAAAGCGACUGCGAAUCAUACAAAGGAGGGCUACCGAGAGAGGCUUAGAUGGGGUGCUAUUACAGCAAUACGAUUUUAUUUGUAAUUUUAGUGAUGAAGUUGAAAAUAAGAAAUCUAAUAAGAAGCUCAUUGCCGUCAUAGUGUCGGCAUUUAUCAUAUUAGUGCUGAGCGUUAGCUAUGUCAACAGUAUUUUAAGCGCUAGAUGUCUGUUACCUAGUAAUUACUUAGUGUGGGAGGCGACGCGGCCACUCGCCGAUUGCGCCUAUUGUGAGAAUGUUACGAAACCAAUUAUAUUGUGGAACGUCACGCGGCAAGAAUUUGCUAAUUAUGCUUAUACACCAGGACCUAUAAUCGUAAAAAAUGCCAUCAGACAUUGGAGAGCGACCAAAGAGUUUAGUUUUAAUUUGUUUAAGAGGCUGUAUGAACAAACGGCAGGCAGCUAUGAAAGCCUUGAGGAAGGAUGCCAGUUUCUUAAUUUUAAGACAGAUCUGUUUAGUCUAAGGGAAGUUUUCAGCAUGCCUGAAGCUAGAGUUAAGAAUGAAGAGGGCCAAAAGCCUUGGUAUGUUGGAUGGGGUAACUGCCAUCCUGACAUAUUGGCUCAAGUCAGACAGUAUUAUGAUAUUCCACAAUUUUUACCUGAUGAUGCUGAAUUUCCAGCAACAGAAAAUAUAUUUUUUGGAUUUGAAAUUGGAGCUGUGAUGCAUUUGGAUUAUAUAUCAAGACUGAUGUGGCAGGGGCAGGUGCAAGGGAACAAGACAUGGUUUGUGGCUCCUGUGCCCGAGUGUGAUCAUGUGUGUCAUAAGUUUCAGUAUUAUGUUGAGCCUGGAGAUGUGGUGUUAUUGGAUACGCGCAUUUGGUACCACGCCACAACUAUACCUAAGGGCCAAUUUUCCUUGACAGUACAGUCAGAGUAUGGAUGA